UCCGAUUGUGUCUACUAUACUGGGUAAUACGAAUGUAAACGUGACUACGGUGUUUUAUUUCAUAUCUAGCUGGCUCUAAUAAUGUUUUAAAAACAAUUUAGAAGGUCGUAAACAGGGUUUCUAUAUUAUAUACAUAUAGUAUGAAAACAUUUCAUUUAUAAAGGAGCGUUUUCGCACUGAUAUCAAAUUAAUGGCAGCAAACGAGGGAUUAUAUAAAAUGACGUAAGAAAGGGAUAAAUAAAUUCAUGUUAGCUAGCAAAGUACAGAGUCACCGGUCUCCAUUUUGAGAGCAUGCUAACAGGCGGUUAGCAGACACGUUUUGUAAUAAAUAUAUAAUACGAUCACCAUGUUGUACUACAACCAAAAAGUGUAAGCGAUCCAAGGUAUUAUUUAGAAUUUUAGACAUAAACCCCAAAACUACGCUAAUAAGCAUAAGCAUAAUAAGCCAUGGCACACAUGGAAAACAGGAAGUGGAGGUUGCGUACAUGCAGUUGCGUGCGGCCAGAUCCCUGUGGAUGAAGUUCUUGCUGCUGAGGUACUCCAUACCGCGGGCGAUGUCCGUCAUGAACUUCACCAACAUCUGAGCGGGGAGGUACUGCGGGACAAAAACAUGAGAUGUCAUUCCUCCCGUGUCCAGCAGAGGGCGACAGUAAACACUUAAGGCAUGACUCAUGAAGAAGAGCUCCGUGACGGACGGAGUGUCGGGUGUGGACACAUGUGGAACACUUCGCCACUCACCACGGGACAGUCUCCCAGCCGCGAGUAGAGAAGGUAGCUGUGCAGGUCGCCGUGCUUCAUGUAGGGCAGGAUGACCACGGGGGAGGGGUAGCCUUCGCUCUCCACGGUCUGCAGACACACACCUGAGGAAACACCCUGCAUUACUAAACAAGCUUGAUAAACAUAAAUCUCCAUUUUGUUCUCUGGUGAUGCAUCUUCAGUGUCUCACCCAGCAGCCUCAUGACAUUGGAGUGGUCAAAGUCCUUCAUGCAGAUGGCCUCGCGCAGGAAGUCCUCCAUCUCUGAGCGCGUGCAGAUGGCGACUGGAAGGAGGAGAGAAGGCACGUUUUUGCUUUGGGAUCCGAACCGCGUCAGGACCGUCUUACUCACUCUUCAUGGUCUUGACGGCCACUCGGAGAACAGAGUCUUCUUGGGUCAGCAGACCUUCCAUCACCGAGCCAAACUCUCCUGCGGGAGACAAGCACACAGUCACCGCUAGUUGGCAGAAUAUCAUUUCAGUGCAGUCAUGCAUGUGGAAAUUCAUACAGUGCAAGAAUAUUUUCAAUAUUGGUAAUCAUAAAGCUGCUACAUGUUGUUUUGAUUUAUACUAUUUAUUAUAUUGCCAAGUUAUAUCAAUGUUAUGCUAUGCCAGUCUGGCUUCAGCCCUUGGAAGUCUACCGUGUCCCUGUGUCGUUGGCCUUAACUCAUUUACCUUCUCCCAGCGUCUUUCCCAGCGUCAGCUUGUGUCUGUCCACCAUCACGUCCUGCAGCUUCUGCUUCAGCUCGUCGCUGAUGCCCAGAUUGUUCACUGCACAGCAAAUGCAACAGAAAUCAAUGCAGUGACACUUUACAUUCCCUUUACACACAACAUGUGGACUUCCUGUUCUCCCUGGGGGGGCCCCUGCGUGUGCGACCGACAACUCGCCAACAUUCCAGACGGCAGAUGUGCUAUCAAUCUUGGCUGGAAGCGGAAUGUGCUCGCUGUGUGCAGCAGCAGGCAAGUGCUAGCGUGACCUGCUAUUAGUGCUCAGCGAGGGCAGACAUUAAAUUAGAUGCUGACAACUCUUCCACUUUAACAUAAAUCCUUAAAUGUGUCCCGUCUUUGGCUCCCAGCAUUCCUCCUCAGCCCGGAAUUCUUCUGCUUUCUAGCAAGCUGGGACUUGCACAGGAGGUUUUCCCAAACACUGAGAGCCAUACGUGUGUGUUUACAGUUGGGAAUCGCUGUCUGGAAUCACUGAGACUCAAGGUUUCACGCAUCCAUUUACUUCCCAGCAGUUUGUAGUUUGUCGUGUAAGCGAGUCAGGGUGUCAUCAUCAUCAUACACACCAAGCUCGAUCAAAGUCUGACCUUGUACAGAUGUCUUUUUGGAAUUUUGGUGUGGCUUAGCCAUACAUCCAUCUUAGUCUGCUUAUCCGAGAUAAGGUCAUGGGGGCAGCGACCUAAGAAGACAAGCUCAGACUUCCCUCUCCUCUGCGACUUCAUCCAGACCCACCCGGCAGAUCCUGAGGUGUUCCAAGGCCAGUUGGGAGACAUAGUCUCUCCUACCUUGUUCUGGGUCUUCCCGGUCGGAUGUGCCCUAACACCUCCCUAGCAAGGUGACCGGGAGGCAUCCUGACCAGAUGCCCGAGCCACCUCAUGGCUCCUCUCAAUGUGAAGGAGCUGAGGUUCUACUGCAGUUCCUCCCAGAUGAUGCCUUACCAGGCACUAACCUUACCAGGUUUUGUGGAGAUCGGUGAAACUGGAUUAUUAUUUCAAACAUGUUGGGGGGUGCGAGUGUGUCAAUUUAGAGUGCUAUCCUUUGUGAGAUGCCAUUUUGAAGCUAGUUAAGUGGCGUGUUAGCGGAAUCAACUCACAUGUAGCCUCAGUGGACCUGCGGCUGUAAGAGCGGCGCGCUCGGUAUCGCACCACCAGCUCCCCGCUCUCCAUCAUGGGCUCGAAGGCAUCGCUGCAAACACACCACAAAUGUAUCAAAGGCUGACAUCUCACAGGCGCCCCCCGCACCCUCGGGACUCCACUCACCCGAAGCGUGUUUGCUUCUGCCGCAGCUUAGCCACGUACACGAUCAUGAGCACGGCCAAGGCCACGGCACCGGUGGCGGCCAUCACCACGUACCACCAGUGCCAGGAGAAGGCCGGUGGCGAUGACAGGCCUGCGGGAAUAAAAUACUCAAAACUCAAACAACUGUAGUUUUUAUGACCACAGGGGUGUGAAAUAAUGUUUUCCCCCUUCCUGAUUUAUUUUUUUUGGCAUGUUUGUCACACACACGUGUGUUUCAGAUCACCAAACAAAUGUAAAAAUGCAUUUUUAAAAAAUUAUUAUAAAGGAAGAAAAUAAACUGCAUGGCCCUGCUUGAAAAAGGGAUUGCCCCGCCCCAAGAUCUCAUGUCUAAGCUUUGGGACUCUAGCAAACCACAGCGAGAGCCGUUAUCCACAAAUGGUGAAAACACAGAACAGUGGUGAACCUUCCCAACCAAAAUGACCCCAAGAGCGCUGCCAUGACUCAGGGGAGAGGUCACAAAAGACCCCACAACAACACCCAAAGACGUGCAGGCCUCGUUUGCCUCAGUUAAGGUCAGUGUUCAUGACUCCAACAUAAGACACUGGGCAAAAAAUGGCCUGCAUGGCAGAGUUCCGUGACCAAAACCACUGCUGAACAAAAAGAACAUUAAGGCUCGUCUCAAUUUUGACAAAAAACAUUUGAUGAUCCCCCAGACCUUUGGGAAAAUAGUGGUUUGAGUUGAAAUAUGGUGGUGGUAGUGUGAUGGUCUGGGUCAUACAUACUUCUGUUGGUCAUAUAUGUAUAUUUGAAUAAUGUCAUCGUAUGUUUUGGGUGUAGAAUCCAUGUUAAUGCUCUGCUUUCCAUGAUUUUAAAAUCCCAUGGACAACUCUGCCUUUUUGGCCGUAACGUAUCUCCGAAAUAUUUUUCCCAGCGUCUCGUCUUUUGCCAACUAAAGCGUCUUUAUCUGUCGUCGUGCUGCUUUUGUAUCGUCUGCGUGGCUCCGUGAGACUAAGCAAACAGAGAUGCAGCGCCAAGCUAUAAAUAUUUAUGAUGUCCUCAUUCACAACCCUUCUUCUGUCUCUUCCCUUUUCUCUCGGAGACACACAGGAAGGAGGAGGAGAAAGAAGGCAGUCACCCAGAGUGGGGCUCACCUCGAAACUCUGAAAAAUACAACAACAAAAAAGGAAACAAUGGCUUACUGAGUUCCAACCUUGAAGAUUUAUUUGUACACGUCUCAUCUAUUUGGCUAGCUCUUACAAAAGAUGAUGACGUAAACACGUUGUAGGACAGCGACGGCUUUAUUUUGGAUAUGAACGUCACAGUCUGCAGCGGAGUCCAGGGUCCUUCCCCCGUGUCUGUGUACGCACACACCUGAUAGGUGAUGUUGCUGAGUGGGACAGACAGGUUGAUUGACAGCUGUGUGUCCAGGCCGGCAUCCAUGACAACCUGUCAGCAGAAGAGGACCAGUCAGCAGUUAUCUUUCUACCGGCGGAAGAUGCCAUGUUAGUUUUGGAGCGGCGUACUGCUGGUGCAGCUGUCCAUUCCACAAAGCAUCAGAUGUCCUGGCCUUCAUUGGAGCGUGUGUACUUGGGACCACCGCAGCCAUGAACUCAGCCGGCGGCGUUCAUCGAGGCUACCUGCGGAAGUACGGGGGCUUCGUGUUCAAGCAGUGGAAGGACAAGUACGUGGUGCUCAGCAUGGAGGGAAGCCUGCUGGUGUGCCGCGAUGCCGAGUCGCCGCCCGACCAGGUGGUGGAGCUGUUGAGCCACUGCGAGUUGAUCGUGGAAGGCCGAGAGAUCCUGGAUCUGCCCCGGCUGCCCGCAGGGGGCCGCAGGGACUGCUGCUUCGCCCUCAUCCUGCAGCAGAGCAAGUUCCUGUUGCUGCUCGCCGACAACCCCGACGACUGCACUCUGUGGCUGAAGUUGAUCAGGAAAGUGAGAGAGGGUGUCAUGUCGCCUCCGAGCCUGCAGAGGCAGCGCAGCGUCUCCAGAUGCAUCACUGACAGGGACCCCCUGCCCGACUCCUCCAGCGACAAAGACUCCGGGUCACCCAGGGCCGGCGAGAGCACCCCGCCAUCCCGGGGCGGCUCGUUCAGAGACAGAGGUCACAGUCAAGCCUGCGGACCGCGACGGCCUCAGCGCAGCUUCUCCGUGGCGCCUCCCCACCGCGUGUCGGACUGUCUUCGCCACGGCAACAGCAGCGACGCCCGGGCCGUGAGGGCGGUGUGUCUGCUGAUGGGCGGGGCGGCCGCCUCCUCCGCCCUGGGCUACCUCAGCUCCUGCUCGCCGCCGUCACCGCUGGCCGGCAGAGCUCCCGACGUGGCCCGAGGCCCGGGGGGCUUCGCUGAGAUGUCGGCGGGGGGGAACUUUCACGCCUGCGGCCAGGACGUGGACGCCGACACGCACUUCAACAGCUUCGACUUUGAGGCCGACUCGGACUUUGACGCGUUUGACUGCGGAGGGUUCGCAUUUUAAAAGGACGUGCUUGUCUGUGGUGUUGCUUUCCCUUUAAGAAGUGAUUGCUCAUUUUUAGCACCUGUGUCCUCAUCGAUACCAACAUACGGUGUUCUUCCUGGCUAUGUGCCAUCGCUCCUCAGGUAAAUCAUUCAUCAUAUUGAUUAUUUAUUCUAUCUAGUGGCGAUAAUGACGAAAUAUUUACUACUCCUCCUAGAUUCAUCCUUAAUUAUAAUAAUGAUGAGAACGAAACUUUCACUGGUCUACUUCCGGUUUUGGGAUGUAAUGUACUUGGCGCCAUCUAGUGGUUCAUAAGCGUAAUGACGCCCAUAGUUUUCUGGACAGCAAUUGCACAAGCAUACAGUAUAUUAUAUGCAUAUAUAUAUAUAUAUAUAUAUAUAUAUAUAUAUAUAUAUAUAUAUAUAUAUAUAUAUAGGGUAACACACAAAUAUAAUGUAAACAUAACCAUACUAUCAUAAAAAUAACAUAGUUAAUUUAAAGACUGAAUUUAGUUAAUUUAAAGACUGAAUUUGAUGUGAAAAACUUUGAUUUUGAUUUAUAUAUAGGGUUAAAACAUACAAAUACAAUGUAAACAUAACUAUACUAUCAUAAAAAUAACAGAGUUAAUUCAAAGACUGAAUUUGAUGUGAAAAACUUUGAUUUUGAAAUGCAAAAAAAUGCAAUACAAAUAAAGCAUGAGUACAGUUCAGGUAACCAUGUGCUUUUAUUACCAGUGCAUAUUAAUUCAAAAGAAAGCGAUGUUGCCAUAGUGCCAGAAAAAAGCCUUCCAUAUCGUCUUUUUAUUCCAAAACAAACAAAGAUAUAUUUUUUUACUCUAAGCAGAGGCACAUCAGCGUCUCACUUGGUGUCAAAAGUGGAGGAUCACUAAAAUGCUGUACUUGUUAUUACAUACAAUGACCACCAGGGGGAGCAAAAGGACAAUGCUUGACGGCCUCCAAUAGAAACGCCUGCCAGAUAACAGACUGCUGUCAUUCCUAUUUCCCCAGUAUACAUGUACUCCCAUUCUCUAGUUCUGAGAUGUGUAUUUUUAUAACAAGCACCUCAUUGACAAAAACAAAACAUUUUCAUUUGUUUUACUCUGGCCAUGAUGUAUAUUUUGUUUACAUAAGGAAAUGUUUUUUUGUGCCAAAAUUGAAUAUAAAAUAAUUAAAAUGCGACUAAAGAUGAUCAAAUAAAUUUAAUAACUUGCCCAAUGUCCAUUAAAAUAGGUCAAAUAAUGUAUUAAGUGUCCAUUCAAUAAAUAAAUACAUUGUCAUACAAUCAGAUCACUUACAAGGGAUAAUGUGAGUCGCAUUUGAAUUAUUAAUUUUUUGGUAGAUGUUUUACCUUGAAUGUAAUAAUGGCAUGUGUCGGCUUCUUAAUAGGGUUGGGGUUAUGGUAGGGUUAGUCUUCGUAACCCUAAUCUUAGGGUUAGGGUCCGUCAUCCUAAUCCUACCCCCCCACACACUUUCACUUGUAUAGCACCUUUCCACCUCCAAGGCACUCGGAGCGCUUUGGCACUAUUGGUACAUUUACUUACUGAUGACGCAGCAUCAGGAGCAACUGGGGGUUCAGUAUCUUGCCCAAAGAUGACAUGGAUGACCAUGCCUCCUUAUCCUAAAUUUAAAAAAGGAGACGCCACCCUUGAAAGUGAAAUUGUAAUGCUUCAAAACAAAGCACAUCUAUUUAAAAAAAAAUAGUGUAAAAGCAGAGCUAGUGUAUGAAAUCAAAUAAAUUAGCUUUCCUCCAC